UGAAAGCAUCCCAGCUACUGAGGUUAACCUGAAUUGAGUUAUCAUCAACUUUGCCACAGUCUAUUAACCAACUGACCAGCAGUUGAACAGAAACACUGAAAAUCUUCAAGGUCAGCAUUCUCAAUACAGGAAGUGGAAAACAAUUUGAUUGUCAUCAGAUCUGCCUGUGAUGAGAGUUUUGACCUGGAACUGACCAGCAUGCCUAUAGCGGCCCAAGUUAGAGUAUCAUGAUAUAACAAGAAGAUCGGCAGUGUGGACCUGUGAGGAGCUUGCUAGCCUGCAGCACUGGGGGAAUGUUACGUAGAUAGUGUUUCCGAUAUACACAGCAACUUGUCUGGGCUGGGAGGGAUGUAGUGAUGCUGCUGCUGGGGUUCCUGCGUCACUUGUUUGUGUGGGGAGGAUCUCGGUGAGUGUUGAUGGCCUCUCCUCCAUCCUGCCUAUGUUGUAGGAAACUCAUCCCAUCCUAGGUCCUGUGAUCUCAUGGAUUUACUUGUGGAAAUGGUACCAGGAAUGUGAACUUCGUGGAUAGCUGAAGAGGUGGAUUUACUUGAGAAACUUCUAGAGACUAUAAAAACUAAACAUAUUUGGAACAAUAUUCAAGACUGUGAAGUUCGACAUCUUUGAUCUAGAUAUUUGGAGGAUUCUAUAUCUAUUCCACUUGGAAUUGUGUUUUGGGACAUGUGACCGAUGGAAUGAGUCACACUCUGUUGUGUAAGCGGUGUUCGACACGUCGUCAUCGGAGCAACAGUCGCUUCCCGUCGUAUCUCCAAUAUGAUGCCACAGCCCAUUCAGGAAGUCAUCAACAGCCUCAUGCUGCCCUACCCCAUGGAGAAAAUUGCCAAGGGCCAUGACGGAUUUGAGGAACUACGCAAGUACAUCAAGCAUGGCAGUGAGUUCACUAAGGAGGUGGCUGUCCUCUUACAAGAGAGGGCGGAUAUUGAAAGCACAUAUGCCAAAGGGUUGGCAAGAAUUGGCAGUAAGCUAGCUAAAGCUGCUGGCACAGGGUUGGGGAGUUUAUCUGAUGGAUGGAAGUCGGCUGCAUUGGCCAUGGAGCAGGAAUCAGAGCUACAUAAAAAUUUAGCUUCUGGAUUGCUGGAAGAAAUUAGCAAACCUCUGAAGUCUGUUGUGGAAACACAAAACAAAGCAAGGAAGCCGAUCGAGGCCAUGGUAGAUAAAGCAUUCAGGAAUCUCACAGACAGACGAGCAGAAGAGUAUAAGGCCAAGAAGAACGCUGUGUCAUGUGCUAAAGAAUAUGAGAAGGUGGAGGAUUCAGAAGUCAAAUCAGGGAAGUCAAAAGACAUAGCAAAGAUGGAGAAGAAGAGUAAGAACUCCCUGGCAGCGGUGCGAAAGGCAGACAAGGACUACGCCGAGUCCUGCUACAAGGGGGAGACUUCAAGGCAGGACUGGGAGUUCACCGUUUCCAAGGGCAGUACCCAGAUGCAACAUUUGGAAGAAGACCGAGUGAAGACGAUGCAGGAAUAUCUCAACAAGUACAACAGCCACAUAUCGGUGCUGCCUCCCAAACUAACACGAAUAUUAGACCACCUCAAUGAAACUGUGAUGGCAGUUGACCUUCAGAAUGACCUUCAGAUUGUUGUGCGUGAGAAAGGCGUGAAGGGUGCCCGGAUGCCGGAACAAGUCUUGAUGGACUGCUAUGCUGAAGAUGGUCAGUUCAACAUGAACCCUGUGCGGCUGCGGAAUGCUCUACAGAACUACCUGCUCUACAUACAGCAGAUGCUGGAGAGGGACCGCAAGGGCAAGGAGGGUGUACAGAAGCUAGUAGAUGUAUACAAAUCCAAGCCUAAUUUCGCUGAUGCUGAUGCACAGGAGGAUGUAAAACAGAGAUUAGAACAGACAACCUUUACUCUCAACUUUCUGGAAGCUAGUCACUACAAGAUCGCCAAGUCACUGGCCAAGGUGGACAAGAGAGACCCGCCAGUCCAUAAGUUCUCUCAGUACAUUGAGACCACCAGGGAAAAACAGGGUCACAUGGUGAGUUUGUUGAAGCUGCCGAUGAACCUGGCGCUGGACGGCAACUCAGACUAUACCUACUCAGCUGGCUCCGUCACGUCGCUAUCCACAGUCGGGGACCACUACUCCACCGUUGAACCAACCUACGACGAUGAUGAGUUUGAAACUGAUGACUUUGAUGAAUUCCCUCCUCUCACGCCGAUCGGGAGAUGCAAGGCGGUGUAUGAUUACGAUGCUGUUCAUGAAGAUGAGAUUUCAAUCAAACAAGGUGACAUAAUCUCGGUGUACGAGAAGCUGGCCGACGGCUGGUGGCAGGGCGAGCUGAAUGGAGAGGUGGGGAUCUUCCCAUCAACAUACGUGGAGGAUAUAAAAUGAGGAGCUGAGAGUCUAGCGUCUGGUGUACAUAGAGAUGUAUUUAUAUACAGCUCCAAGCAUUCUGCAUAAUGUACAUAGCAGUAGGUUACCGUUAAAGCCCUGUAUAUACACAGUAGUGAGCUAUGGUCCGUAUGAUGGAGGAGCUGAUUGUCAUCUGGGUAUUUAUUGAACAAUUAGCAUAUGCUCAUUGGAUUGAAAACAAGGGUGCCAUUCUUGUCAUGAAUGGUUCAAGAGCCUUCUACAAGGUCAUGACUGUUGUAUACCACUCAAUAUUUCCUAAGGACCACAUCUUUACUAUAGGUUACUUUUGAUCCUUACGAAGUGUUGAGUCAUAUAUGUCCGUGUGAAUGGCCUGGGACUGAUUGCUCCGUGGAAUGGUGUGACUUGUAAGCGCCGAAUGUGGAGAGUUCCAGGUGUUGAGAAGACUAUCAUCAUUACUUCAUGAUCUUGUAUUCGCUAUGUUCUUCCAUCACCAUCAAUAUAUACAACUGCUGUGUGGUGUGUUAGUGAUGCUAUAAGGUGGGGCGAUGGGGUAGCCUACUGGGUACAGCGUUCGCUCAUCACUCUGAAGACCUGGGUUCGAUUCCCCUCAUGGAUACAAAUGUGUGAAGCCAAUUUCUGGUGUCCCCUGAUGUGAUAUUGGAGGAAAAUAACUAAAAUUGGAAUAAUACUAAACUCACUCACUGCUUAGUACGAGCUGAUUUCCUUCUUGCAAGACUCUGACUUACAUUGAUUUGUUAAAAACAGCAACUGAAUUACAAAACAGUGUCUCGUGUGUGAGGACGUCAUUGUUCUGAGUACGAGCUGCUUUCAAUAUCACCUGACCUUGACUGAUUAUUAGAAAUAGCUUCUCCGUAAAGCCGAGUUUGUAUUCAUGGUGAAUGAGGAACAUGGUGUGAAUACCCGUGAAGUACUGACAUUGAGGAAGAACACCAGAACUCUGGUAGAUACUGGAUGUUAGUUUAUACUAGUGGUAUGUCAUGUUUGAGUUAAGGAUGAACGUUUUCUACUUUAAUCUAUCAGACACGUAUAGGUUAGAGGUUGUGUGAAACUGCUUCACAAUGUUUAACUGUUUCACCUGUUUCGACUUUACAUGGAGUCAGGUGUUUGGCUCGUCCAAGUUUAACCCUUUCUUGUUUCUACUUAGCUUCAAUUUGCAGAUGAAGAAUCUGUGUAUAUUUUCGUAACUAGUUGAUAUUAACUGUUGAUAUGUGCUGCAGCAUUAUUGUGUCAAGACUUUGUGUAUCAGUGAGGGGUGUAGCCACCCUAUGUUUCCCUUUAGCAUUGCAAGGUAGCAAGACUGUAGAGACUACAGGUCCAUCGACCAAUUACACAGACAUAUUUGUGUACAUACAACACAGGCUUGUGUUCGGCAAUAACAGUUCAAGAUAUUUCCAUCAUUCUUUAAAUUAUGAUCACUCUAGUUUGAGAACAACAAAAUACCUAGUUUUAUAGUUAGAAUAGAUAUGUUAUGGCUUCUCACAUUACAUCCAUGGUUAUCCAGUGUUUUAUGUGUCAGGCCCACCUGUACAAUCAGAAUGAACAUUAUAUGUGAGUUUACAAUCAGACCUCCUUUACAAGAUCCUGAUGCAAUAUUUGGGAAAAUUGAGGUGUGUGCAUAUAACCCCCAAGCCCAUCCUUAUCCUGCCAGUGCUGUUAUUAGUAGACAUUAACCUGAAAAUGAUGUUUACAUUAAUACUAAGAUAGGGGAAGAGUCCUCAUACAACCGGGUCUUUCCAUGCAGGAGUGCACGUCUACUGGGCUUACCGUUACAGAUUUCACUCAGCACUGAACCUAUCAACUAACCCAACUAAAAUAAGGAUGGAAGCGACACUUGAGAUCUGUGAAGCGAGAGUCACAGCAAGCAGCCUGAGUCAAUUAGUUGUACCUGGUAAACUGCUUCAGUUUUAUCUCUAAGUAGACUUAUCCCAUCAAGCAUGAUACAUGUAUUUAUCAUCAUAGAAUAGCAGCAUGAAGCACUGGAUAAUCAAAGGUGUCCCAAUUCAAAUAUUUUUGUUUCAUAGAUUUUUCGUGCACACUGAUGAUAUUACAACAUGCAGUAUGUUGUCACCUACAGACUACAUGAUGCUAUGCAGCCAUUCAGAUAAUCCAAGCUGACAUGAAUUUGCAUAAUAUGUACGCAAGAUCAUCAUUAAUAUCAUUCUGUAUUUAGAUGUCACUCACAAACAUCCAUAGCUGCACAGGGUAACCGUAGGAACAUGCUGGAGUUUGAUUUUCUACUCUCUGAUACAAUAAUAAACAGAUCUGAGAUAUUGAUAUUAAAUAUACAUUGAAUCACGGCCAACUCUCUGAUAUAAUAAUAAACAGACCUGAGAUAUUGGUGUAAAAUAUACAUUGAAUCAUGACCGAAUCAAUUUCUCUUUUUGAAUCA